CUUCUGUCCAAUGGGUUAGCGUCCGUCCCACGCGAACCCCUCACCCCUUGAAAUUGCCCUUUCACACGACGCCCUCGUCUUCCUCCUUUCUCUUCUCCCUAGCGCCUCCUUUCCAGAAGCUUCCAAACCCUAGGCGAGCGAGAGAGGCGAGACGCCAUGGACGCGGACGCGGUGGCGAAGGCGUUCGUGGAGCACUACUACCGGACGUUCGACACGAACCGGCCGGCGCUGGUGUCGCUGUACCAGGACGGGUCCAUGCUCACCUUCGAGGGCCAGCAGUUUCUCGGCGCCGCCGCCAUCGCCGGCAAGCUCGGCUCCCUCCCCUUCGCGCAGUGCCACCACGACAUCAACACCGUCGACUGCCAGCCGUCGGGGCCGCAGGGCGGCAUGCUCGUCUUCGUCUCCGGAUCCCUCCGCACCGGCCCCGACGAGCACCCCCUCAAGUUCUCCCAGAUGUUCCAGCUGCUUCCCGCUGGAGGCAACUUCUAUGUGCAGAACGACAUGUUCCGUCUGAACUAUGGUUAAGGAAAGCUGGAUAGUCAUCCAUCAACGUACUGGGCCAGUGUUUUAUGUUGAAACUAUGAGAUGCUGUUGCUCUUUUGAUUGUUUAUCGACUGGUGCAAAUUAUUGCAAGAAAUGGUGUUAAAAGACUAUGCACCUUCUGGAUUUGUUCUUCUAUGUUUCUCCCAUGAACUGUGGUAUGGAGGCACCAUUUAUGUGGAAUGUGAAUGAAGACAGCCUAAAAGAUUUUAUCAUGUCUGCAUUUUCGUCC